GAACGGGUAAAAUCAAGAACAAGGAAUUUCUUCCGCCAUUUUUCACGACAGUGGACAGUCCGCCAUUCCAAUGCAUUCAACGAGCAGCCAGUGUCUCCGAAAGCUCGGACUCGCCCACAGUCAUUAUUUUUCGUGCAGUCACCAAAGAUUGAGGAAGAAUGGGAGAAAGGUGAUGAAUUACUGGAUCUCCUCAUCACAGAGGGAAAGUUAACAAACGAUGAUAAGAGGGAUCUGCAGCUGAAGUUCUCGGAUAAUUAUAAGACAGGUGAUGCACAGCGUAUGAUCUUGGGCAACCUAGUAAAGAGUGGACGCAUUACUAUAGAUGAUGCGAUGCAUUAUUCACGGAUUCUAGGCAUCAUCGCAACUGCUGAGAAAGAAGCCCAUGACAUCGCAGAAGCCAACAGUGCAUUCGCAACAAAAAAAGUCUACAAUUUCGGAAUCUAUAAGUACUACCGCCACAGGCCAUGCCAGAGGAGAAUUCUACAGAUUGAUUUUCAAGCUUGCUUCAUAUGCAAUAUUCAGAAGGGAAAUUUGAAUCGCAAAUUCAACUUUAGCGAAGUUCUUGAUUAUGAGAGUGAGGAGGGACUGCGGUUUUUUAUCAACUUCACCGAUCAUCAUGAAUAUGAAAUGGAGGCAGACAGCCCGGAAGAUAAAGAAAAGAUAUGUCGACUACUGCAGAUGAUUGUUGAGCAAAACAGGUCACAUGAAAAGGGAAGAGCUCUGACCAUCCAUGAUAGAGCAACAACUCUCCCGAGAGUCCAAGCAGUGUUGAAGGAAGGACUUCUGGAAAAGAAGAAUCAUAAUCUGUAUACAACAUGGACAAAACGGUGGGUCAGAAUUCGACAAGGGGAGCUGUCCUACUAUAAACCAGAUGAAGAUAAACAUACUGCCCUCAAUAUAUUGCAACUGGCUCAUGAUAUAACAUCAGUGAAGAAAGCUGGAGAUAGUGCAGUCAGUAUUGCCACAAGAAAGAAGAUGUACCUCUUCCGUAUUCCUAGUAACAGUCAACUUUCUGCAAAAGAAAUCAUUAAAGCAAGAGAUGAAUGGAUACGAGCUCUUAAGUAUGCAUGUGGUGAUCGGUGGAUGGACUCGGAGCCCUUCAAUGACGCUUACAAUCGUGCAGUGAAUGCAGCAAGGGACCAGGUUCAUGGGGUUAAAAAUCAAGACCACAUCAGAUCAACUGUCAAAGACUUUCAAAAGGAAUUAGAAACGUUGAAUGCUGUCUUGUCUAUAAUGAAUGUCAAAGGUGACGCGAAGGUGGCAAUGGACAAGCUGCAGAAUAUGGCAAUAUCCAUUGAAACGAUGAUGAAAGCAAAAGAAAACAAUGAAACUAGCAAUGUAAUAACAACUCAAAGGGACAAUACAGAAAAGACAGAGGAAGAAAUCUAUGACACGAAUAGUGUAACAGAAAGUAGUUACACCACAGUUGAUGUAGACUUCCGACAAAACCAAGUCAACAAUGCCAGUCAGUCCAUUGGCAGAGAAAAGUUUCCAACCAGUGCUGCUGCCAUGGUGCAAUUUGAAAACAAUGAUGCAGAUGAUAACAGAGCAAGUAUGAAAUCUGCACCAGAAGCAGAGCGAGGGCUUUCAGAAAUGGCAGGUCCAAGCACAUCAGGCUUUUCAGAGAAGCUGUAUGAUCAUGGUGGAUCCAUAAGGAACUCUAUCAUGAGCUCAGAGCCAGAGUAUGCAGAUGAUGUCUAUCUUCAGGCAAGAAAUGAUGACAGUGCUACAGAAUCGGCUAGGCCUAGCACACCAUCAUCACCAAUAGAGCCGGACUCUGAACGAUCUAACACACACUCAGUGCCACCACCACCUCCUCUUCCACCUCCAGAUUUACUAGAACAUGAACACCAAGGCAAUUCAAAUAUUAUACGUGAGGGAUCAGUGCAAGAAAGAGUGUCAGCAUUUGAGGAAAAAGAUGGAAAGCCAAUUUCUAGGAAGGGUUUGACACGGACACCUGCAAGAAGAAACAAGUCCCCUGGAGGGACUCCAGUUGGCAAGCAAAUCAUUAAAGCAACUGUAAGCUCUGAAUCAACUAAUUCAUUCUCACCAAGACCAUUCAACAGUAUGAGCAACAAAGCACCUAUCCAUCAUAUACAGGCACCAUCCAAUUCAAGAUCACUCUCAAACCUUUCCUCUGCCUCAAGAUUGUCAUCAGCAGUAUCUGGGGGAAGUAAAGCAAAUAAGGGACAACCUCCAAAAAGAUCACUUCCUCCCAUUCCAUUGUCUUCAGACAAACUGGUGCAUUCAUCUGCAUCAGAAUUAUCUCCACCAAAAACGGACAACAAACAGGAGAACAAGUCCGACACCAAGUCAUUUGGACAGCAGCUGCGGUCAGUGUACUUGAACAAAUUCAGAGGAAAGAACCGAACAGCAACCAAGAAAGCCCAAAUCCUCAUGGCUGAAAAUGAAUAUGAGGACCCACCUCCUCCUCUACCACCUCGUAGCUCCAGAAUAUUUGAUCAACCACAAAUGCGUAGGCCUACAUCUGGGUGUUCAUCAGGAUCAAUGUAUUCUGGUGGAGGAGGUGUGUCGUCAGGACAUCUAUCUGGUGCAUCAGUUGUAGGAACACCACCACCUCCAUUGCCAGAUAAUGGUGCUGUACCCCCACCCCCACCUCCACCACCCCCUGCUGUAGCUUAUGCUCUCGAGCACAAGUUCACAGUUAAAUCAAAUGUUAAAAUGAGGCCAUUCCAUUGGAAUAAGACUCCAGUGCCAAUGGUAUGCACCAGUGUUUGGAAGGAUACACGAGACGUUACCUGUAAACUGGACUUAGUAAAAUUAGAAGCAAUAUUUGGUUCGCAAGAUGGAAAAGUGCAAACUGUUGUACAAAACACAGUGAAGAAGAAGAUUAAAACAUUGCUUGAUCCGAAGUUAGCUCAGAAUCUUGGAAUCUUCCUGAGCGGAUUCAAGAUUGAUUUGAAUGACUUAAAGAAUCGAUUAGUGAUCCUUUACGAAUGUGACGGCGGUUUGUCACCAGAACAUAUCUCAGCUCUCAGAAGGUUCCAACCAACGACCGAGGAUAAGGAAAUGUAUAAAUCGUAUGAUGGUAAUCCAACCGAAUUAGAAGCAACAGAUCGUUUUAUGAUACUCAUGUGCGGUAUUCCAAAUCUACGUAUUCGUCUUGAUCUUCUAAGCACCGUCAAUGAGUUUCCAGUACAGUAUGAAGAUCUUGCACCAACUAUUGGAAAUGUUAUAGAAGCAUGCAAAGAACUGUACAGUAACCAGAGGUUCAUUGCUGUCCUUGAGUACAUUUUGGCGACAGGUAACUUUGUGAAUAGUACCACUGGUAAAGGACAGGCUCUUGGUUUCAGGCUGUCUGCAUUAACAAAGUUAACAGAUUGUCGAUCAAAAGACAAGAACUACACUCUUCUGAAGUUUAUAGUUGAACAAAUGUACCAACAGGAACCAGACCUGCUGAACAUAAUGGAUGACCUUCUACCUAUCACCAAAGUUCCAGAUGCAUCGAUCAAGGCAUUACAAGCAGAAGCAGAGAUUAUGAAGAAAGACCUAUGUAAGAUCCGCAAAAAUGCUUCCAUUCUUCUCAACCAUGAAGAGGCUUCAGAAGAAGAUGCUAAUUUUUGUGCACAAAUUAAUUCAUUUGUUGAGCAUUAUGAUGCUAAAAUGGCAACCUUGUCAAGCAAGAGUGAAGAGAUGGGUACAGCAUACACUUUAGUUUUAACCCGGUUUGGAGAGUCUUUGAACACCGACUCUGAAGAACUCUUUUCAGGUGUUAAUGCUUUUAUUAAAGACUUCCAAAAGGAAGUUGAUCUUCUGGUGGCAGCUGAUGCAGCAGCCUUACACAGUGCAACAAAAUUCCAGUUGUCGCAAUCCAUGAAAACAGACACAUUCUCAGAGUCGGAGGAAUGUAGCACACUUGAAAGAUCGAGUUCGGUUAGUAGUAUGGAGAGUCAGACUAUAUUCCGUUCGCCAUCUGGUACGCCGACGCACGUCCAAGAGUUACGCAAGGCAUUUGGUGAGAAAGCAAGGAAAGAGGCUGGUAUGUCUACGUUUGAAAAGGAGCUUAGGCGGGUUAACAAGAAGGAAAAGCCAAAGACCAAAAAGGAAUCAUCAAGCAAAAAUGGUGCUAAGAAAUCAAACAAAAAACCAACCAAAGAGGGAUAUAUGGAAAAAUUAAGCUCAGGCCGAAAUCAAACUUGGAACAAACGCUAUUUUGAGUUGGCACAGACCGGCCAUUUACAUUAUUCCAAGAAAAAGAAUGACCGCAGUGUUGAGUCCAUAUACUUACGUGAUUGCCCAUGCACCGUGGAAGGGGAAGAUGAACGUAUCAUUGUUUUAGAGACAGAAGAACGUGUCUACAAAUUCCGGGCGCCUUCAAAAACUGAGUCUGUGAAUUGGAUGACAGGAAUACUAGCCUAUACAGGCAGGAAAUGAAAACUUUAAUUGUGUAGUUGAAGGUGUUUGUUGGCACUGCACCAAUUUCACAAUACACCUUUAAUAAAAUGUGUGUUUCAGGAACUAGCCAACAUAUUUUGAAGAACAUAGUGCUCAUUCUUAAACACAUCACUAUAUUACAUUUGUUUUUUCUAUCAAUAUGAUUAUACAAGUUUUUAUCACUAGUAAAUCAGGACUUUUUACAAGGAAUAAAAGUUGCAAUUGCUUUGGUUAGGAGAAUAUUUUGCAAAGAUUGAACCCAGAAUUUUGGGAUUGAAACAGACAUGACAACCACUCAGAUUUCGGCGGAGUUACUCCAUUUAUUCAAGCAAAACUCUGCACUCCAAUUUUGGGUCGACAAUCUCUGCUUUUUACGCAUUACGGCCGGCUGAAAUAAAUCAGCAUUUUCCAAUAAUAAAAUCGAUUGAUUUUAUUAUUUAGAUUUAGAAAAGAACAAGACCAGUUAAUUUCAUCCUGAACAACUGUAUAUGAAAAAGUAAUUUGUGCUCCUAGUCUCAUACGGAGGUAUUGCUGAUGUAAAGUUAUUUAUGAGUCAAAAUGCCAUUUAAAAUAUGCCAAUAAUACCUGAUCACAUUGGUACCAUAUGUGUUAGGAAAAAAUUUAACAUACUCCGCUGACAUUGCCAAAACUCCUCAAAAGGUUUUCAGACUACUCUUGUUGGCCUUGUAGGGUUGGCCUGUCUGUUCAAAGGGGAGUGCACUAAACCACUACAUGAUUUAUUUUUUGUGAGUUCAUUUUUCUUUUGGGCACUGAAUCCCUAUUAUAAAUUAAAUAUCCGUUGGAGUGUCUCCUUUGAUGUGACUCAUCACCUUUGACCAGAACUUAAUAUUCAUUCAAGCAGAACAUGUUCCGGGGUCCCAAGAUCUAAGAUCACUUCCAGGAGCUUUCUUAACACAUCAAGCUUUAUUUUGCUAUCACCAGCUGACAUCCAGAGACAAUUGAUAAUACAGUAGUAGAAACAUUGGAAUAUAAUUAAUUUUCAGGAGAUAUGUUACAGUAGUUGCACGAGACUUAGGACCCCUGAUAUUAAGAAAAACAAAAAAGUUUUCACUCUCAAGUAUUUCAACUGUUUUGUCAAACAAUUAAUUCAAUGACAGUAGUAAAACUUCUGCAGUAAAAACUCACUGUACAUUUGUAAAAUAUUUGAAUACCAACUUGCUAUGACAUAUUUAUUGUUAUAAUCAAGUGCUUUGUGUAAAUAUAUUGAAAUAAUAGAUUUCAGAAUGAUUUAUCAAUAUUGAAAACUGAAAUUUAUUAUUUAGUGAAAAUGUAUAGUGUGAUUUGUUAACAAUUACAUUUAUAUAGAUUUUUUUAUGUGACCUUAUAGACUUUUAUUGCAUAGUUAAGUCUUUUUUUAGUAAGAGCUAGAGCAUAUAUUCAAAUUUUAUUUUCGAUAUAAUCUUUUUCUUUUAAAUUCGUUGUACAUAUAGGAUUUAUUAUCGAUUGGCAAUCCCCGAUUCAUAUUUAUAAAUAAAUAAUAAAAAUAACAUAUGCUUUCUGUUGGGUCCUACUAUUUUUUGAUGAAUUAUAUGUUAUACAAUAAUACCUUCUCAUUUAGUAAAUUAAGUCAGUUUUAUUGUCAGAUUGUGUAACAUGAGACAAAUAAUGUUUCCAUAUAUUUAAAGGAUAUGAUAAAAUUAAUUAAGUAGCUGCCAAAAAUUGGCAAUUUUAUGUUUUAAGAUUUUAUUAUUGAUUAGCAUCACUGGUAAGGCUGAGCCUAUGGUGUUGCUAAUAAAACAGAUCAGUGGUAGUACCAGACAUUCUUCCGGCAAGUUGCGAAGGUUCUCAGUGAGGAGACUAAACCCACCCAGCAUAUUUGAAGCUGAUGAUGCAGCCUAGGAAUAGUCACUCUCAGACUGUCAAGAUACUUUUUGAAAUGAACGGCUUCUUCCCGGACAGGACAUCCAGGGUUCCACAAUGGGGAUCCUGUGUUCUUGGACACUGGCACCACCACUCAAACCAAUUACUGCAGAUGUCUUCCAAGUUGUCUUCCUAAAUGUAAAUGUUCCUAUGUACUCACGUUAGCAAUCAUGAAUGUAUUCAGUUAUUGAUUAGAAAAUUUUAAUCAAGUUUAAAGAUUAAACAGUAUGCAGAUGUUUAUUGUACAGAUCUGUUGUGCUCCAUUUCUAAUUGAUACUUUAGUAAAAUUUAUUGAGAGUUUGAUUCUGAUAUGUAGUAAACUUUCGAAUUUUGCACAAUAUUAUAAUAGACAAGUAUGCAAUUCAGAAUAAAAUUAUUUUUACAGA